GCGCGGGGCGAGCCCAGGAGAAGCGGCGUGAGAAGUUUGCACUGCAGCCUCCCCUGGGAGCUUCUUGGGAAAGGCGCCGCUUUGGGGAGGGGGAUUCCUUCCUCCUCUCGGAGCACGAAGCAGCCGCCAGCGUGGAGCUGGGGGGGAUGCUGCUGACGAUGAAGAUGCGGGAGAGAUGGAGAUGAAGCAGAGCAUGGGGAUCCCGGGGCUCCUGUUGCUGCUGCCGGGACUAUGGGCUCUGGCGCUCCGGGACGCCGCUGCUGAAGCAGGUAUGAAAUUGACAGGAUCUCCAAUCAAAUUAAAGGUGUCCCAGGGUCAGUCGGUGAAACUAAAUUGCAGCCUCGAGGCAAUGGAGGACCCAGAGAUGUUGUGGAUCAAGGAUGGAGCGGUGGUGCAGAGUGUAGACCAGGUGUACAUUCCAGUAGAUGAAGAACACUGGAUCAGUUUCCUCAGUUUGAAAUCUGUUGAGCGGACGGAUUCUGGGAAGUACUGGUGCCAGAUUGAGAACAAGGGGAAGAAGGAAGAAUCACAACAAGUGUGGCUCAUAGUGGAAGGUGUACCCUACUUUACUGUGGAGCCGGAAGAUUUGUCUGUGUCCCCUAACUCCCCAUUCUAUAUGGCCUGUGCUGCCGUUGGCCCUCCUGAGCCAGUGACAAUUGUCUGGUGGAUGGGAGACUCCAGAGUGGGGCUUCCGGACAUCUCCCCUUCCAUCCUAAAUGUGUCAGGUAUUAACCAGAGCACGGUUUUCUCCUGUGAAGCCCACAACGUAAAGGGAUUGUCUUCUUCUCGGGCAGCCACUGUUUGGAUUAAAGCCAUGCCUCUCCCCCCUUUCAACGUGACCAUAACCCGAGUCACCAGCAGCAAUGCCAGCAUGACGUGGGUCCCGGGAUUUGAUGGCCGCUCCCCCCUUCAUUCUUGCACAGUUCAGGUUGCUGAGUCACUCGAAGAUCACGAAGGCUCUACAGAAGUUGUCCCUGUCCCUCCUUUUACCUGUGGUUUACCAGGAUUAAAGCACUCCACCAAUUAUAGUGUGCGGCUUCAGUGCACUAAUGAGAUGGGCACCUCCCCUUUCACAGACUGGGUUUAUUUUCAGACCCUAGAGAUAGCUCCAGGCAGCACUCCACAAAACAUCCAUGUCAUCCAGAGAGACACUAGCUUGGUUCUGGAGUGGGAAGGAGUGGCUCUGGACAUGCUGAAAGAAAAUCUACUGGGAUACAGGCUGGAGUGGAGUCAGGAUAACGUCACGCAGGGGGAAAUGACAGUGCAAGAGACAAAAGCCAAUCUUACGACAUGGAAUCCCCAGAAGGACCUUAUAAUCCGAGUGUGCGUAUUGAACGCUGCUGGCUGUGGACCCUGGAGUGACGCCUUAGUGGUUGCUGCCCAGGAGGUUGUAGAUGGCCAGAGACAACUGCCCUAUGGGACAUCCUGGGUCCCUGUGGCUUUGGGCAUUCUCACUGCCCUGGUUACAGCUGUUGCCCUGGCACUCAUUCUCCUUCGAAAAAGAAGAAAAGAAACUCGGUUUGGACAUGUCUUUGGCACUGUGGUCGGCAGGGGAGAGCCAGUUGUCCAUUUCAGAGCAGCCAGGUCUUUCAACAGGGAAGGCCCAGAGCAGAUUGAGGCAACAUUGGACAGUUUAGGGAUCAGUGAUGAGCUGAAGACCAAACUCAAGGAUGUUCUAAUCCAGGAACAGCAGUUCACUCUGGGAAGGAUGCUAGGCAAGGGCGAGUUUGGGUCGGUUAGAGAGGCGCUACUGAAGCUGGAGGAUGGCUCUUUCCAGAAGGUUGCAGUAAAGAUGUUGAAAGCGGAUAUCUUCACCUCAAGUGACAUUGAAGAAUUCCUGCGAGAGGCUGCCUGCAUGAAGGAGUUUGACCACCCGCACGUUACUAAACUGAUUGGAGUCAGCCUGCGGAGUCGUCCUAAAGGUCGGCUCCCAAUUCCCAUGGUCAUCCUGCCCUUUAUGAAGCACGGAGACCUCCAUGCUUUUCUGCUGAUGUCCCGGAUUGGAGAAAACCCCUUUAAUUUGCCUCUUCAGACACUACUCAAGUUCAUGAUUGAUAUUGCCAGUGGGAUGGAAUACCUGAGCUCGAAAAACUUCAUACACAGGGACCUUGCUACUCGGAACUGCAUGUUGGAUGAGAAUAUGAACGUGUGCGUUGCAGACUUUGGGCUUUCUAAGAAAAUCUACAGUGGAGACUAUUACCGUCAGGGCUGUGCCUCCAAGCUGCCAGUGAAGUGGCUUGCUCUAGAAAGCCUUGCAGACAAUCUUUACACAACACACAGUGAUGUGUGGGCAUUUGGUGUGACGAUGUGGGAGAUUGUGACACGAGGACAAACCCCUUACGCCGGCAUCGAAAAUGCAGAAAUCUACAACUACCUCAUCAGUGGCAACAGGUUGAAGCAGCCCCCAGAGUGCCUGGAAGACAUCUAUGAUCUCAUGUGCAGAUGCUGGCAUUCUGAGCCCAAGCUACGCCCUAGCUUUGGAAUGCUGAAAUUACAGCUGCAAAUGAUUCAGGGGAGAAUGUCCAUGAUCUCGUCCAGUCAGGAUCCUUUAUAUGUCAACAUUGGGGAGGCCAAAGAGACUUCUGGGAGCAAUCCUGCCUUGUACACGUCAUUUAGAAAUUUGGACAGCGGAGAGAACAUUGUUGAAGCAGCUGCUGCUGUUACUAGUGACUAUCGCUACAUCAUGAGCCCCUUGUGCCUUGGAAAUGACGUUGGAAGUGAAAGGCAUCCCAAUGCAGCUGAAGGGGAGGCCAGGAGCCUUCUGCAGGAGCUGGAGUCAGAAAGAGAGAGAAGUUGUUAGCCUGUAAGGCAAAGACACUCCAGUUCUCUACAAUGGGGUGUGUGCAGCUGGAUUGCCAUGUUGCACUGCUUUCUAAAGCCAGUUGGAAGAUGUUUUUAAACUGCAUGGGUAGCUAGAAUUAGGGCUACUUCUGUAGCUUGCACCAUCUGUGUGGACUGCUGUUGCGGACAGCUCAGAAAGAUCACAAAUCAUAAUAACCCCUUGGACUUUUGGGGGGUAGGAUUAAAGGUCUAUUGCGUCCAAUGGGAGUGGGUUCAAAGCUACAGCAACCAAUGAGUGUUUGUUUGCUCGGCUAAUUCUCAUUGGCUGCCACCACAGAGUGGAAUGCACAUACUAGUCCAUCAGUGCUCGCUAUUUUGUGGAUGCUUUUUCAAUUCUGGCUGUGUGAGCUUUGGACCAGUAGAUAUGGAAACACUGGCAAAUAUUUAGGCUGUGGUUCAGGACAUAGGGGAAGAAAAGCCCCCUUGUGUUCACUCAGCAGUACUGCCUAGACCUGUUGCCUACCUCAGUGGUUCUCAAUCUGUGAUCUACGGAGCUGCUUACGUACAGUGAUAAAACAGUCAGUGUUUUUCAAGCAAUGACACUUGUUGCUAGAAGUAGCCUCGCCCAAGGCUUUCUUAGAAUUUCCAGAUGCUUUUGUUGAACAACUAAACUAAAACCAACGAAAAUCCAGCACCUUUCUCCACCUUGUGCACUUUGUAUCUUUCGUUGUCUUCUGUUUGGUAUUAAUGCAGCCCUGAUCAAAUGUGCAGCUGUUGUAAAAUGAGUUGGCAGGGGCAACCCUGCAAAAGGAUAGAACCAUACUUCACAGGGAAGUAAAUCGAGCUCUGCAGUGGGGGCUGGCAGCAGUGUGGGGAAUCCCUCCUCAAUAACAUAAAGUGGAGAGGAAAGAAACAGCAUAGAUACAAAAUGAAGGCCGGUAACCAUGCAUUGACUUCAUCAGAAGCAGGAUCCAGCAUUUGCUUUAUUUUAAUCUUCCCCCUUAACUGUCCCUUUCUUAUCUUUUUCAUGUAACCAAGCACUGUAGGUGCCACUGAAAAGGUGUGGAAUCGUUGGGAGCAAAGAGAUCAACAAGCAGGGGUGCUGGAACAAUUUGUAUAGUGGGGGUCUUGAGAGCAACUGAACCAAACUGUAAACC